CUCGCCUACCUACACCACCGGAUCCUUGUACUUGCGCAUCAUGGGCCCCGAACUUCACCGUCUGCCCCUUCACAGCCUCCCCAGCCAUUGCUGCGUGGCGAGUAUACGGCAACGGUGUACCACGAGACUGAUUCCGAUAUCAGCGUGGCGACUAUGUAUGCGCUGCAUGUAUACAUCUCCGGUGGCGAAUGCCCGGUCAACUGUGUCUAUGUCCAUGUGUCCAGAUUGGUGUAUUGCUCAACUUACAGACCCCACGCCGCCUCUACUCGUUAUUCCCCAUUAGGCCUUAGUUCCAUUGUUUCUACACUCGCUUGAUCAUACCGCUUCUGAUUGGCUACCCAUUGCUUGGCCUACCAUUUUGCCAUUUAUGGUUUAGCCUGACCUAAACUCAUCUGAGGAAACACAUCACCAUCAAUGACCAUAUCGUGGCUUUGAGGCUUCAUGUUGACGUUAUGACGCUAUAUGGCGCCGACUACGCUGUGUAUAAAGUGUUGGGGGGGGGGGGGGGGGGGUGCCGUAGCAUCAUGGGCUCAGUCACUCAUCAUCACAACUAAACAACAAACUUUCGCGACCAUGGGAUUACCUGAUGGAAAACCGGUCCAAGGAAGCGUCUAUUUCUAUGCGCCUUCCAAGAUCGCCCCUAUAAUCUUCACAGUGCUCUUCUUCAUCACUGGCGCCUGGCAUCUCUACCAAUGCAUUCGCCUCAAAUGCUUCAAAGUCACGGGGCUCCACCCAUUCUGCUGUCUCCUCUUCACAGUCGGAUUUGCGCUUAGAAGUUAUGGGGCCUUCAACUUUGACAAUCUUGGCAUCUAUAUCGCCAGUACAAUAUGCAUCUACUGCGCGCCGCCUGUCUUGGAACUCGCAAACUACCACGUCCUAGGGCGCACCCUCUUCUACGUCCCUUACUUCUCCCCCCUCCACCCGGGCCGCACUUUAACAACCUUCGGCUUCUUCUCCGCCGCCGUCGAGGUCCUCAACGCCCUGGGUGUCUCCUACCUCUCCAACCCAAACAUCCCGCAAUCCACCCAGAACCUCGGCCACAUCCUCAUGAAAACCGCACUCAUCGCGCAAGUCGUCAUCAUGACCUCCUUUAUUGCCAUGGUUCUCUUGGUUCAGCGCCGGUGCCGUAGAGCGGGUUUCACCAACCGAAAAGUGCAUGGCCCGAUUCUGACCAUGUACAUCAGCACCUUCAUCAUCAUGACUAGAACCAUUUAUCGUAUCGUAGAGCACUUUGGCGUGUCCCGCGCGCCUGCGAAACCAGGACCAGACUGGGAUCCCAUGUCGCUGUCACCCAUUGUGCGGUACGAAUGGUACUUUUACGUGUUCGAGGCCAUGUUGAUGUACUGGAACUCUGUGCUCUGGAACUGGCGACACCCUAGGAACUACCUGCCCGAGGACUAUCAUGUGUAUCUUGCGCAGGAUGGGGAGACGGAAAUCAUGGGGCCUGGAUGGAACGACGGCCAGAAUUGGCUGGUGACGUUUAUUGAUCCGUUUGGGUGGUUUAUUGGGAAGAAGGAGGGUACCGAGAGGCCGUUCUGGGAGACGAAUGGUUUUGAGGGGGUGCCGCUGGUGAAGGGGGCGGAGAGGAAGAGUGGAGAAUCUGUUUGA